UUCCACCCGGCCUUAUUUUGCACUUGGACGCACAUUCACGCUGCUGUAACGACAGGAGUGUUUUGAGCGGGUUACUCUCAUUCAGUUUCUAACGGUAACUGCAGUGUUCUUUAUGCCAGCGUAAAUAUCACAAUUAAAAGAGCCAACAUGGCGCACUCGGAGAUGAAGCUGGAUUUUACUCUGAAAGAACUGACUCUUUCCUGUCAGGCUGAAGAUGUCGAUGUCCCCGGCAGCUCGUCCACCGUGGAGCUGCAGGACAACAGACUGAUGUGUGUUGAGUAUCCGGCGAUGGUCACCAGUGUGGACAAGAUGCUGGAGACCCUCGGGGGUGAACAAGCAGUGUCCAAAACCUUCGCUCAUCCCAACAGGCGUCUGGAGCUGCGUUACCGACCUCAGGACCCUUUCUGUCACUCUCUGUGUGGAAACCGCUUCCCGUCAAGCAACCUCCUCCUCAGAGUGCGGCGGCGGGUGCGAAAAAAGGACCCCAAGGACGCUGAGAUCCGCAUGGACAUACUCGGAGUCAUAGGAACAACAUACAAAUUUCAAGGGCUGGCAGACUUUCAGUGCCUCGCUGUGCAUUCAGAAGGUGGAAAAAACGCGUCUUUGUACGAAAAAAUCAUCCUCCGCAAACCAGAGAAUCAAGAGUUCUUUGAGCAGCCCAUGCCAUACUUUCUUCCCCCGGCCAUCUUCUCACGCCUCGACAGUCCUGUGGAUUAUUUCUACCGGCCUGACAUCCAUCAAAACUCAGUCCAGUUGCCCAUCAACAAGAAGAACUUUAUUGGUUUGAAUCGUGCUCGCCGCCCCCACAACGCCAUCUUUGUCAGCUUCACUGAUCCCACUGUGCCCACCGAGUGCAUCGAGGCGGCCAGGGUCAACUGGGCACGAGUUUGCCUAAAGGAGAAUGACAAGCAGGCUGAAGAACAACUGAAAAAGAUGUUUGAGAGCCGGCCCAUCUGGUCACGGAACGCGGUGAAGGCCAACAUCAACAUCCACCCUGGUAAACUGAAACUGCUGCUGCCCGUCUUCGCCUACUACAUGGUGACAGGGCCGUGGAGAAGUCUGUGGGUGAGACUGGGCUAUGACCCCCGAAAGAGCACAGAGUCCAAGAAAUACCAGAUGCUGGACUUCAGGAUCCGCUGUAGCACCAAGCACGGGUAUUCAUUAUCUGACAUGCCAGUAAAAGCCAAGCGGAGUGCCCUUAACUACAGUCUGCCUAUCACAUUCAACAAAGCAGGUCCCCAGCCAGCUAGUGUGAUGGAACUUCCAGCUCAGGAGGGCCCAAGCACUAGUCGAGACCCAGUCCCAAUCACAUAUCAGCUGAAGGAGUCAUCUUACAUUUUCAGAGAGGGCAUGCUGCCUCCUCACAGACAGAUGUUUUACCAGCUGUGUGAUUUGGAUGUGGAAAGUAUCCAACAGGUGAUUGAGCAGAUCUGCGAUAAUGAGCAGGUAUGUGACGAGCGGGACGGCUGGUGCGUUCUCGGCACCACAGACAAGCUGAGGGACAUGAUCUCAGCCAUGAUCAAGAAGGUCAUCCGAGCCCAGAAACCAACAUUGCCAGAAAUGCCGAAGAGACGAAGACGCAUAGGCCUAAGUUUAAAAUCCCCUGGGAGAGAUGUGGAUGCAGAGGAAGAGAUGCAGGACGACGAGAACAAGGAUGAUGAAGAGGAAGAUGAGGACGAUGAGUUUCAGCCAUCGGAGGGAAGUGAAAAUGAGAUGGAGACAGAAAUACUGGAUUACAUGUAACAAAAGACUACAAUUUUUAUGACAUUAAUCUUGACUGUAGAAAUAUUUUCCAUUGUUCAUUUCUGUAAAAGGUGAUAUGUGUGAAUUCUUUUUUGAGUGAAAUGUGAAUAAAAAUGGAAACAUUUCUAGCA